AUGUCGAGCAUCGUCAAGGAGAUCCUGGCGAGCCCGAUACAAAUGGCGGACCAGGUAUCGAAGAUGGCAGAGGAGGUCCAGAAUUUCCGGCAGGAAUGUCUCGAGCUCAAAUCCAAAACGGAGAAGCUCGCGGGGCUCCUUCGCCAGGCCGCGAGGAACAGCAACGACCUCUACGAGCGUCCCACGCGCCGCAUCAUCGACGACACCGAACAAGUCCUUGACAAGGCCCUCGUACUCGUCACCAAAUGCCGCGCCAACAGUUUCAUCAAAAGACUGUUCACCAUCAUCCCCACCACCGCCUUUCGCAAGACCUCAAUGCAGCUCGAGAAUUCCGUCGGCGACGUCCAGUGGCUCCUCCGCGUCUCGGCCAACGCUGACGAGCGCGACGACGAGUACCUCGGCCUCCCCCCCAUCGCCGCCAACGAACCCAUCCUCUGCCUCAUCUGGGAGCAGGUGGCCAUUCUCCUCUCCAGUGCGUCCCCGGAAGAUCGGUCCGACGCCGCGGCUUCCUUGGUUUCCCUCGCUCGCGACAACGACCGUUACGGGAAACUCAUCAUCGAAGAGGGUGGUGUCCCCCCGCUGCUGAAGCUUCUGAAGGAAGGGCAAAUGGAAGGUCAGGAGAACGCUGCCAGAGCCAUUGGGCUUCUCGGGAAAGACCCUGAAAGCGUGGAGCACAUCGUGAACGCCGGUGUUUGUUCCGUGUUUGCCAAAAUCCUCAAAGACGGUCACAUGAAGGUUCAGGCGGUGGUGGCCUGGGCUAUUUCUGAACUCGCCGCCAAUCACCCCAAAUGCCAGGAUCAUUUCUCUCAAAACAACGCCAUACGCUUGCUCGUUAGCCAUCUCGCCUUCGAGACAAUUCAAGAGCAUAGCAAGUACGCUAUUGCGAACAAGCAGCACAAGUCCCUUCACUCCUUAGUUUUGCAGAGUAAUGCACCCAACGCGCAUGAAGAGGAUGAUGAUAAGCAGGCCGCCAUUCAUCCAAUGGAGGCUCAGAUAUCUUCCACUCAGAUGCACAACGUGGUUUCCAACACCAUGGCCAUGAAGGGUAUGGGCCAAGGAAAUGUUGGCGUUGCCACUGCGACGGGUAACCACAACGGCAACGCUACAAACGCGAAAAAACAACAGCAGCAGAGUGGGACCUCGCACGUGUCGAUCGCUGGGACGAGUAUCAAGGGGAGGGAAUUCGAAGAUCCGAUUACGAAGGCAGAGAUGAAGGCGAUGGCAGCUAGAGCCUUAUGGCAAAUGGCGAGGGGGAACUUGACUGUGUGUAGGAGCAUAACCGAGUCGAGGGCUCUUUUGUGUUUUGCGGUUUUGCUGGAAAAGGGUCCUGAAGACGUGCAAUCGUAUUCUGCAAUGGCGUUGAUGGAAAUAACGGCUAUGGCGGAGCAGCAUUCAGAGCUGAGACGCUCUGCUUUCAAACCCACUUCCCCUGCCGCAAAGGCUGUUGUGGAUCAGCUCAUCAAAGUAAUCGAAAGAGAACAGAUUGAACUGCUCAUACCUUGCAUCAGAUCAAUUGGUAGUUUGGCGAGGACUUUCAGAGCCACGGAAACAAGACUGGUUGGGCCAUUGGUGAGGCUCCUUGACGAGAGAGAACCCAAUGUUUGCAUGGAAGCCGCCAUUGCGCUCAACAAAUUUGCUUGCACUGACAACUACCUCCACGAGAAUCACUGCAACGCCAUCAUAGCGGCUGGGGGCGCCAAGCACUUGAUUCAACUCGUCUACUUCGGGGAACAAAUGGUUCAGAUUCCUUCCGUCUCUCUCCUUUGUUACAUAGCGCUCCACGUCCCCAAGAGCGAGACGCUGGCGCAGGAAGAGGUGCUCAUUGUUCUGGAGUGGUGCACCAAGCAGGCUCAUCUCAUCGAUGUACACGCCAUCCAACAGAUCCUACCAGAAGCCAAGAGUAGGCUCGAACUCUAUCAGUCAAGAGUUAGAGGAUUCCGCUGA